AUGCUGAAAGUGUUGAUUGUGUGGAACAAAGCCUCCCAAGAGCCAAACUCGAGAUUGCGCAUUGAUGAUAUAAAGUUGCAACUGUUGGGCCUCAUUUUGGCGAGGAACCUGCCAUUCAAGGCCACAGAGGAAGUGGUUCAAUCUUCUUUUCUGGCUGUAACUUGCGAUGUGUCUUCUGUACGUGGCUUUGCUCUUGAGCUUUGGACGACAGCUGUGCUAAUUCCUGAUCUUCCAUGCCAAAACCAUGACAUCUCUCAUCAACGGACUGGUCAGGAUUUGACUCCUGAGGAGCUAGCAGAAUCGUUUAUGAGACUGCAAGAGUAUGGGGUCCACAACAUCAAUCUUGUCACCCCCGAACAUGUGGCGCCUCAAGUUGCCCUAGCCAUCUUGUAUGCAAAGGAAAUGGGCUUGAGCAUUCCCAUCAUUUACAAUACGAGUGCUUAUGACUCUGAAGAAUCUUUGCAGCUAUUGGACGGGCUUGUGGACAUCUACUUAGCUGAUUUCAAGCUCUGGGAACCAGAAAGCAGCAAGCGACUUUUGAAGGCGGAAGACUACCCAGACACUGCCAGGAAAAGCAUUCAAAUCAUGCAGAGGCAAGUGGGCGACUUGAAAUUCACUUGUGAUGGGCUUGCGAAACAAGGGGUGCUGCUCAGACAUCUAGUGAUGCCUGGGAAGGCAGAAGAAGGGCGUCAAAUCAUGGCCUGGUUGGCGAAGCAUGUCUCGACCGAUAUCUGUCUAAACGUGAUGGAGCAAUAUCGACCAGACGCACAUGUUGGCAAGUCGCGAAAAAUUAGCAAGACCGCCAACAACGCCGGCUCGGAGACAGAGCCGGUAAGUCUUUCUACAAGCAAAGCCUUUGCCUACGCUCGAUUGCUCUUGCUCCACAUGCAUGAGAUCUGCUCUCAAUCAAGUGAUUAUUUCAUUGACUAUUUUGUAAGGCAGACGCCUCUCUCAUUUCUUCGCGGCUUUGUCUCUCAAGCCAUCGAAAGCAUGGUUUAUCAUACUGGAGCUGCACAUGCUCCAAUAAUUGACAUUCGACAAGGAAAGCAGAGCACGUCACUGAAGGAUGAGAUAUGGUCGUCCAUGAGAUCCGAAAACAGGCAAGAGAAGGUCCUGCCUACUCUCCUGCUCUACGACGAGCAAGGACUUAAACUGUUUGAAGAGAUCACCUACCUCCAAGAAUAUUAUUUGACCCAGGCCGAAAUUGACGCGCUCGAGCGAUGGGUCGUCAAGAUUGUUGAACAACUCGAAUCAGAUGCAUUGAUACUGGAACUAGAUGCUUGUGAAUUGGCUGGAAAGCCUAUCAGCUAUUAUGCACUUGACGUCAAUGAGGCAGAGUUACGUCGCUCACUCAAUGCCAUUGAAGGCCGCUAUGACUGCGUAACGUGUCAAGGUUUACUUGGAUCGUACGAAGAUGGUCUGAAAUGGCUCAAACAUCCCGACUUGAAGCAUAAGCACAAAGCAAUUCUUUGGAUGGGAUCAUCGAUUGGUAAUUUCAGUAAGGCUAACGCUGCUUCCUUCGUUAAAGAUUUCUCGAGUGUUCCACGCAGUAAAAUGCUGAUCGCCGUCGACGCCUGUCUGGACAAGGACCGAGUGCUUAAAGCCUACAAUGAUACCAAUGGGAAAACGCACGAAUUCAUUCUGAAUGGGCUAAAGCAUGCCAACGACUUGAUCGGGGAGCAAAUCUUCAAUCUUCAAGAUUGGAGCGUCAUUGGGGAAUUUGACAGUCUCCAAAAAUGUCAUCGUGCGUCUCUGACCUCCUCCAGGGAUGUCUUUGUUGCUGGAAAGAUUGGCUUUAGGGCUGGCGAGAGAAUUUGCAUCGAAGAGAGCCACAAAUAUUCUUAUGAAGAUAUUGUAUCGUUGUGGGAGAGCGCAGGAGUAAUUUCAUUGUCGACAUAUGGCAAUCCGGCGGAUGAUUAUCCACGAAGGCAGGUGUCGAAAUGCUAUGAUACAGUCUCAACUAAUUGCAGUCUAGCCAUGCACCUGGAGACUUACAUGUACAUGUUGUUGCAAAGCGAUUGGAUACGCCCCCCAACAAAUAGUAUUCCCGAUUUCGAGGCCAUUGCAACGCGCACAGCAAUGGAUGAGUUGCCGAACGAAUGGACUAAGAUACCAGGAACUACCCUUGAUGUAGGCUUAGAUGAUCCUGAGAAUGAUGAAGGACCCGAUCGCUUUUUCGGGUGGGAUAAUGAGAAGCCUCGACGCAAGAGACAUGUAGCUGGCUUUGAGGCUAUGGGGAGACCAAUAACAAAUGGCGAUUACGCUACUUACCUUGAGCAAAAUGAUAUCAAGGAGUUUCCCGCAUCUUGGUCCGUUUCAUCGAAAUUUCAAAGAUCAGACGGAGAUGAAUGGGAUGGCAAGCGACCGAACGGGCUACCGAAAACUCCUAGCGGGCUAUUUGUCCGGACUGUGUAUGGGCGUGUGCCUUUACAAUUUGCACGCUCUUGGCCUGUAUCGGCUUCCUACGACGAGCUGCGGGCGUUGCUGACGCCUCGUAGUGUGCCGACCGCGGAGGAAGUGCGAAGUAUUCACCACUACGCCGAGAUAAACCAGGACAAAGCAUCCGCAAGCAUUCUUGAAAGAAAGAUAGCUGCGGUCAAUGGGUAA